AUGGCACUCAAUCCUUUCAUGCUGUCUCUUCUCCCAUCGCUGCUGCUGGCGAUGGCCUCCCUGAGCAAUGCUCACCAGAUCAACGACGCCCGCAUCCUCAUUUACUCUGCCACGCGCGACUUCAGGCACGACUCCAUCCCAACCGCUGUGGACGCGCUGGUGAAGCUCGGACCGACCUCGCGAAUGGUCUUCGACCAUACGGAGGAUCAGGCUCUGUUCACCGACGACAACUUGGCUCAGUAUGACGCCUUGCUAUUCCUGAGCAACACGGGCGAAGUGCUAGACACAAGCGGGAAGGCGGCGCUUCAAACCUACCUGGACAAAGGCGGGAACUUCAUUGGCGUGCACUCUGCGUCGGAUGCGUUGCGCAAUACGACCUUUUUCCUGCAUGAAGUAGGAGCACAAUUCGACUAUCACCCCGAACUGCAGGAUGCGGAUUCCACCUUCCUCAGCCACGUCAUGGGAGGCAUCUCGUGGACAUUAGAGGCGAACACCACUCGCGCGUUCAGUACGAGCGGUUUGGUGGGUAAUGGCACCACCUCCACGAGAAGCGCAAACUCCACGUCGAGCACGGCGCCUGCUAGCGCAACCUCCACUGGUGGCGCAACAUCGUGGUCAAGCGGUCUUGCAGCAGUGGUGACCUCUGUCGUUGCAAUCCUGUCUGCUACUCUACUCUAG